ACUGUCAUCAGUUCAAAGUGGAUGGAAUUCGUUAACUGGAAAAUAUCUAGAAUUUUUAGAGAGAGUUUAUGUAGUUCAAAUGGCGACAAGAUUGCCGAUGCGAGUAGACGAAUUGCCGCCACUUGAACCAGAUUCAGAAGAUGAGCUUAAAACUCCAGGAAAGAGGCGAAAUGCUGAAGAUUUAGACGUUUUUGGGAAUUUAAGGAUACCGAAGAAAGUUGCAGAAUUGUCGCCUUUGGAAUCUGAUUCCGAUGAGGAUACAAAGGAAGAUCGCCUCAACAACGCCAUCCUCAAUGAUUCCUUCAUUCUUAGCCCCUCGAAGAGCAUCGAGGGUGAAACGCCAGUAGGAAAAGGUAGGAAAUCUGAAUCAAAUAAAGAUGCUGGUACCAAAGAUAUCUGUAACAUGGAAGAUGAUUCAUUUGCCAAGCGAUUCCAACGAUUGAACUUGGCUGAAAAGGAAAAUAAUCGUGUUUCAGCGAGAACGUCGACAGAACCUAAAAGUCGUCAUGCACUAUUUCCUUGCACAACACCUUCAAUUAUGAAUAGAAACUACCCAGAGCAAAGUUUAUUAUUGUUAAGUCAUACCAAACGCACCCAAGCUCAACAUACAACAGAUAUUCAACAUGAAAGUGAUGGCAUUAAAAAAUUAUCUCCUUGCUUGGAAGAAGCAAUGGAGCCUUCAGUGUUGCCUUCAGAUGCGCGCGAGAGAACUCCGCCAUUAGUAAAUAAACCCGUCACUGGAAACGUUUUGAUGCAAUCGAAUAAACAAAUUGCAAAAACGACAAUUGCAGAACCACAAGAAGUUCCCGUUGCUUCGAAAGACAUCAUAACUCCAUUCAAAUCGAUGGAACAAAAUUUCGUUACGCCACAAGUGAAAUGCCAAGCGGGUAUCGCACGCCGUCCGAAUUUUUCAACAAAUAUAACACAAAAGUCUCGAACUUCCCUCGAGAAUGAAUUUCGUUCACAGAAAAUAUUAUUUCGUACUCCAAUAGCUAUGUCUCGGCCCCCAUCUCUAAUUAACAAUAGCAUUAAUUUGUCACUCGAUGAUACGGUGAAAGAAAAAGAUGCUUUGCACAAAGAACAAAAACUUUCCCCUGUAAAAGAAGUAACGGUCAAGAAAUCAAAUGAAAAUUUACUAAAAAGCGAGAAGAAUAUACCUGCGAAAAAAGGAGGCGAAGGGAAAGUCACGGUGAUCAACGGAAAUGAAUAUGUUAUCCUGAAAAAGUUGGGAUCAGGUGGAUCGAGUUCGGUGUUCCUUGCAAAACGGGUGAAAGAUCAAAAACAGUGCGCUUUGAAGGUUGUCGAUUUACGUGGCGACCAAGCUGUCGUUGAAGGUUACUUAAAUGAAACGAGGCUGCUGGCAAAACUGCAAGGCAAUGUGAAUGUAGUUUCACUCUACGAAUAUCAACAUCUGCCAACCGAAUGUAUACUCUACAUGGUCAUGGAGAAGGGUGAUUCGGACUUGAAUAAAAUUCUACAAGCAUACAAGACUGAUUUGCCGCUCCAUCUACUUACAAGUUUUUGGUACCAAAUGUUACAAGCUGUAAACUACAUUCAUGAGAAUGGCGUCAUACAUUCCGAUCUAAAGCCAGCCAACUUCCUUAUGGUGGGCGGUCGUUUAAAAUUGAUCGAUUUCGGUAUUGCAAGUAACAUAGCGAUUGAUUCGACAAGUAUAAUAAAAUUUUCACAGGCUGGCACAUUUAAUUACAUCAGCCCAGAAGCUUUGAUAGAUACUUCAACAGGAAAUAGUCCUGCUGGAAGGAAUCGCCCCAAAAUUAAGAUAUCUACCAAAUCAGAUGUAUGGUCUUUGGGUUGCAUACUGUAUCUUCUUCUGUACAAGAAGACUCCAUUCGGUCAUAUAAAGAAUAUUUAUGCAAAAGUUAAUGCAAUUUCUAAUCCAGCAACGAUUAUUGAAUAUCCUAAGUUGGCACCGUAUUACCCGCCAAUUUUGAUUGAGAUGGCGAUGAAGUGCUUACUACAUGAUCCCAAGAAACGUUCAUCUGUAUCUGAACUGCUCAAAUAUCCAUUCGAUAUGUUAAUACCGUUACCGUCUGUUUCAUAGGACUGUUUAGCGGCGCUAGUUUGGAUUAGUGCAAAAUAUUUUGCAAUGAAUAAUUGUAAAAUGCUGUGAUAUAAAUAGACAAUAUGGAUAAUGUGUGUGAGUGUAGGGACAUAAUUAAUAGCUAUAAUCUACACAAGAAAAUACCAUUUUCUGGAGAAAAACAAUUGAAAUUAUAUUCUGAUCAAAAACAGUAAAUCAUAUCAUUUUAGAACACCUGAAUAGAAUGCUCCAUGAUCAUUUUUACUAUGGAAAUUUUGUAGCAAACGUAGGCAAUGCACAAUUCUGCUUUGAAUUGGCAUUGGGUCAGCUUUCAACUGAUCUUCAAUAGUAUUUUUAUGGCCAUAGAUAAAAUUACGGAUACAUAUGUUUGUAAAAAUUGGCGUGUGUAUUCUUUAGUAUUGUCAGAAAUAGUAUUAACAUUAAGAUUUAUAUUUAAAAGUGAUUGUAAUUUAUAUAUUGAUUUGAUACAUUACAUUUAUUAUAACUUUCUAGUUAUAAAUACUCGUAACUUAAUGAAAAUAAUUGAAAUAAAACCUAACGUUCCACCUUAAA